AUGGCUGCCACGACUUCCACGACGGUCCUGGCCGACGACUCCAAACCGGUAAUCAAUGACAACCCGCAACUCCAGGGCCUCUACAGGUCAUUCGAAUCACGAGUCGGCUACAAGCUUCUUCUGGGCAACACGCGCCACUUUGGCUACUGGGAAAAGGACACCUACUGGAUGCUCCCCCUCGGUCGCCCCCUGCGCAGGAUGGAGGAGAAGAUGCACAACCUCCUCAACGUCCCCGCCGGCUCAAAGGUCUUGGACGCCGGCUGCGGCGUGGGCCAUGUUGCCCUCUACGUGGCCGGCCGUGGACUACGCGUGACCGCCAUCGACGUCAUGGACCAUCACCUGGCCAAGGCCAGGCGCAACGCGGCUCGCGCCGGCGACGUCGGAUCGUUGGUGGACGUCCAGAAGAUGGAUUUCCACCACCUCGAGACCCUAGAGUCCAACAGCUUCCAGGGCCUCUACACCAUGGAGACGUUUGUCCACGCCACGGAUCCGGCGGCGGCUCUCAGGGGCUACUACCGCGUCCUCCAGCCCGGAGGCCGCCUCGCCAUGCACGAAUACGACCACGACUACGAAUCCGACGAAGCCAUCGGCAAGACGCUCGCCAAGCUCAUGCGGGAGGUCAGCGACUACGGCGCCAUGCCCACCUGGCAGCGAGCCAGGCGAGGGUACUACAGGCAGCUCCUCGAGGAUGCCGGGUUCGUCGACAUCACGGAGCACGACUAUUCCGAAAACGUGCGUCCGAUGCUGCGCUUGUUCUGGCUUCUGGCUGCCAUCCCGUACUACUUUGUUGUGCUUCUCCGCCUCGAGAAGUACUUUGUCAACACCAUCGGCGGCGCGAGGGGGUACUAUGCGCAAAAGUACUGGAGAUAUGUUGCCAUCAGCGCAAGGAAGCCCCAGGCGGAGGAAGAGGCCUCGCCCAAGAAUUGA